UUUAACUGGGAGCCUCCACCUCUGGGAUUUUCCACAAAUGGGCGUGGAAGGCUUUGUAGUAAAAUUUUCCUGGAGCUGUCACUUUAAGACAAUUUGGCAGCUCUCAGCCAAUCACAACAGCAAAGGGGGAGGGAAGGGAGCGGGUGGGUAGCAACAGUUGCCCUGGUGAGGACGAAGCGCCAUAGCCACGGUAGCCCUGGCGACAAGAACCCAGCAACGAGAAUCAACAACAACAACAACUGAAACCGCCAUAAAAAUAAAAGAAGAUAUUUUGCCAGUGGGAAAUACACACGUGGAACCAGAGCCUGAUUCCCUGCUCUUGUAAUGGCCACUACAGGCUACGUAGGUGAGAUCCAGCCAGCGGCCCAAACUCAGGGGACUGCUGUCACUGUGACAACGGGUCAACCUGAUGCCAGCUCCACCCCUGUAACUGCCCCACAAUUUUUGGCUGAGAUUCAGACUACUGUGGCUGCUCCCUCUGUGGUCACACCCACAGGCCAAACUACUCCCACAGAGCAAGCCGCUUCCAUCACCACCCAAAAGCCCGCUGCUAGUCAGACCCAGUCCACAGUGCAAGCCCAGCCAGCUCAGACGCAGUAUGUGACUGCAGAGAUCCAGGGCUCCCCCACGCAGUCAGGAAAUGCUCAGAGCACUCCACAGUACAUCGUUGUUACUGUCACAGAGGGUUCCCUUCACUCAAAUGACAGUGUGUCAGACUCCAGUCCACCUCCAGCUGUGGUGCAGACUGGAGUCCCCACACAAGUUGUUCAGCAGGUGCAGACAGCUCAGCAGAGGUCAGUGGUGCAGGCCACCUCCCAGAUUGCCAAAACUGAGCCAGGCACACAGCUCAGCGUCACCAGUCUACAGCCUGUCCACAUCACCCAGGAGCUUCCCCUUAGCACGGAGGUGACCGGUUUAGUCAGGGAUAGGAAACUAGAAGAUUGGCAGCUGCGUCAUGAGGCAGAGGAGUCAGUCUGCCUUGCCUGGAUGUCAGCAGACUGCGUAAACGGCUACUGCUGCAAACCCGUCUACCUCCCCUUGGAUGAGUAUUGGCAGUCACUGUGCAUGCUCUCUGUGCAUGCUGAGAGAGAGAUAGGCUACCCUGCCAUCCUCAGCUCAGGUCCCAAUCAGCCACCUCUGCACACAGCAACCGCCGCUUUCCAAGUCCAGCAGCAGCUCACAUCAGUGCCAGUGCAACAUGUGUACACCAAUCAAGUGCAGUAUGUUGAAGGAGAAGACAACAACUACACCACCAGCACCAUUCGCUCUGGCACCUUCCCUUACACCGACACCCCUUUGUACACCCAGACCACCGCCGCUCCAUAUUACGAAGGUCAGCCGACUUCCGGCACCCAGGCCUCCACGCCCGGCACACCUCUGACUGUGUCCGUGACAGCCGGCACCACAGCGGGCGUCUCGAUGUUCGUGGCCCAGCCUACCACCGCGGCGGGGGGAGGGGCCACAGUGGUGACGGCAGGCGGCACGACCAACGGGGCCGGAGAAGGGGCAGGGACCAACGGCGGCGCGGCAGGCAGUUAUGUGAUCCAGGGGGGUUACAUGCUGGGCAGCGGCGGCAGCAGCAGCAGCAGCGGGUCGGCAGCUGGCAACAGUCAGAACUACUCACACACUGCCCGCGCCUCUCCGGCCACUGUGAGUAUUACAGAGGGCGAGGAGAGUAGCGUGCCGUCGGCAGACAAGAAGGUACAGUGGUUGCUGGACAACUAUGAGACAGCUGAAGGAGUGAGUCUGCCCCGUUCCACCCUUUACUGCCAUUACUUGCUGCACUGCCAGGAGCAGAAGCUAGAACCUGUUAAUGCUGCGUCAUUCGGGAAACUCAUACGAUCUGUGUUCAUGGGGCUACGCACACGGCGUCUGGGCACUCGGGGUAAUUCUAAAUACCACUAUUAUGGGCUGAGAAUCAAAGCGGGCUCUUCUCUUCUCCGGCUGAUGGAAGACCAACAACACCUGGCUAUGAGGCAACAGCCGUUCUCACAGAAACAGAGGUUGAAGCCUGUUCAUAAGGUGGAAGGAAUGACCAAUGGAACGGCAGCAGGAGCAGGUCAGCAGCAGCAACAGCAGCAGGGAUCGGGCCACGUGGAUAUCAGCACCCAGGUUCAGCAGUACCAACAGUUCCUUGAUGCAUCCAGAGCUCUCCCAGAGUUCCCAGAGAUCGAUCUCCAGGGGAAGUCUCUGCCAGAGGGCAUUGAGCUGGAGCACAUAAAGAGCUUUCAGCUGCUGUACAGAGAACAUUGUGAGGCUAUUCUCGAUGUGAUGGUUAACCUGCAGUUUACCCUAGUGGAGACUCUGUGGAAGACCUUCUGGAGGUUCAGCCAAAGUCAGGCCGGAGAUGCCACGUUGGCCGUUCACGAUGAGUCAGAGAAGCGUCUCCCUAAGUCCUGCCUGGUGUUGCUGUGCAAAUAUGAGCCAGUGCUGCGCUGGAGCCGCGACUGUGACAACAGCCUCUACCAGGGCCUGGUGGAAAUCCUCAUCCCUGAUGUCCUCAGACCCAUCCCCAGUGCCUUAACUCAAGCCAUUCGCAACUUUGCCAAGAGCCUGGAGAGCUGGCUGACCAAUGCCAUGAUGAACAUCCCUGAGGAAAUGGUCCGCAUCAAGGUCACAUCAGCCAAUGCUUUUGCUCAGACCCUGCGCCGCUACACCAGUCUGAACCACCUGGCCCAGGCAGCCCGUGCUGUCCUCCAGAACACGGCUCAGAUCAAUCAGAUGCUGUCCGACCUCAACCGCGUCGACUUUGCCAACGUCCAGGAGCAGGCUUCAUGGGUGUGCCGGUGCGAAGACCGUGUGGUCCAGCGGCUCGAGCAGGACUUCAAGCUGACCCUCCAGCAGCAGAACUCACUGGAGCAGUGGGCCGCGUGGCUCGACGGUGUGGUCUCCCAGGUCCUAAAGCCCUACCAACAGAGCCCUGCUUUCCCUAAAGCUGCCAAGCUCUUUCUGCUCAAGUGGUCCUUUUACAGUUCCAUGGUAAUCAGAGACCUCACCCUGCGGAGUGCCGCCAGCUUCGGAUCCUUUCACCUGAUUCGUCUGCUAUACGACGAGUACAUGUACUACCUUAUCGAGCACAGAGUGGCCCAGGCUAAAGGAGAGACCCCCAUUGCUGUUAUGGGAGAGUUUGCCAGCUUAGGCCGAGGUCUGAACCAGCUGGAUCCGGAUAAAGAAGAGGAAGAAGAAGAGGAGGAGGAGAGUGAUGAAGAAGGUCAGGAGCUGUCCCUUCCCUCAGACGGGGCCGUGCUCGGAGAGGAGUCUCUGGAGCCGCCUGCCAAGCUGGCCAGAACUGACCAGAGAGUUCUCUUCGCCACCGGGUCAGCUGACAACUAGCCGCAGUGUAAAUGACGUGCUGAUCUCACAGACACACACGCCGAUGUACAAAGAACAGUAAUUUAUACCCCCUGACACCUGUAUAUAGAGCUUGUUGAGGUGCGCCCGCGUGCACUCUCGCUGCAUAUGGUUCUGUUUGCGUGCAGUCCUCAGGCACACACAAUCAAAACACACUCAAGUCAGUAACUGCUGCUGCCCGGAUGGCACAACCACCUGUCGCCACCAUUGAUUACUCCCACAGUCAGUGGCGUUUUGUAACAGGACGUGGCUUCAGAAACCCGGGGUCUCUUGAUGCAGAGAGGACCUUCAGUUGUAUGAAUCUGUAAAAACAAAACAAACUAAAGCCAGGCACUUCUUUUCGUUUAUCUCCUCAUCGCGCCGCAGCCUCGCUGUUUUUCCCUCUCAUUGCUGUAAAACGAAUGCUCGCCCUCCCACCGCUGUCACUGCCGUAUCAAAGUGGUCUUUAAAAGGUACUGCGGGGUGUGUGUGUGUUUGUGUGCGGAGCGGACCGUAAGCGGUGUUUGAAUUUAGUCACUACUUCAUUUACCGCUUUGUGGGAGCGUAGGGUUUUUUGUUGUUGUUGCUUUUUCUUUUUUUUUUUAAAGACAGCAGGCGACUUUUUUGUGUGUGUCAGCUUGUACGAGCACUGUGGUCACACCGCUCUGCUGUUAUUUGUAGAGGCCGAGUGAACACGCGUUUUUACCCGGUCGUGCGCGUCUGUUUGCGUGACUCAUGCCGAGUGGUGACUGUUGUGUAGAUAUUUUCUAGAGCAUUCAUGGUUUGAUUUUUUUUUUUUUGAUGGCGUGUGCAGAUUUCCUGUGUGAUUCACCUGUUAAAAGACAAAAAA